CUGAGAAUAAGCUGCACAGCAAGUAUUCCAGAUUCCAAUGAGUACAACAAGCAAGAUAGGUGACGGGUUUGAGAAGAUGGCAAUUGGAUUCGCGAGAGCGAUUGUUUCGAUGUUCGCCUUUUUGACUUUGGUUCCAACUGAAAUUGGCAGCCGCAACGUUGGUAGGAAGAAGGGGAGAAAGCAACCUGCGUCAAUUAUCCAACAAUUGGACCAAGCCACAGAUCUCAGCUGCAUUAUAGAAGUUGCUUUCAUUUUGGAUAGCUCUGAGAGUACCAAAGAUCUCUUAUUUGAAAAAGAGAAGAAAUUUGCGAUUGAGUUCACUGAAAAAGCUUUACAGUCUGAGCAGUCAAAAAAGCUGAACCUGCUCUGGAGAAUGGCCGUUCUACAGUACAGCAGUUCAGUCAAGAUGGACCAUAGUUUCCGAGACUGGCAAGGCCUGGAUCUAUUCAAGAAUCGUGUGCGAUCCAUGAUACACAUUGGCCACGGCACUUACACUUCAUAUGCCAUAGGAAAUGCGACUCAGCUCUUCCAGACUGAGGCAAGGCAGAACAGCGUGAAGAUUGCCAUUUUAAUGACAGACGGAGUGGAUCAUCCCCGCAAUCCAAACCUUCAAGACAUCGCAGCUCAUGCUAAGCAGAAUGGAAUUUUCUUAUUUUGUAUCGGGCCCUCACAUAUUUCUUCAGAGCUGUCGGCAGUGGCAAGUCUUCCAGCAUCACAAUUUGUUCAUGGCAUCAGCGAUACCAACCUUACGAGCAAUAUACUCCAUGAAGUAUUGAAAAUUGCCAAAGGGUUGUGUCCAAAACAAAAGCUAUGUUCAUGCGAAAAGGGAGAUAGAGGAAAAGAUGGAGCUCCUGGAAGAAGAGGAGAUCGAGGUCAAGAUGGCAGACCUGGUGAAAAAGGAGCACAGGGAUCACGAGGUUUAAAAGGAGAGCCUGGAAUUCCUGGUGAAAAGGGCAGAGCUGGGUUCAAAGGAAACAAGGGUUCGAAAGGAAAAUGUGGGCUCCCGGGAGUAAAAGGUGAAAGUGGUCCUGAAGGGCCACCAGGUCCAACUGGAAAGAGAGGACCACCGGGACCAGCUGGCAUAGCUGGCGAGCAAGGCCCUGAAGGAAUCCAAGGCCCAAAGGGUGAUCGUGGUCUUACUGGUUUAGAAGGUCCAAUGGGAAAUGCUGGAAUUGGAUACCCAGGACCAAAAGGUGCAAAAGGUUCACAAGGAGCAUCUGGUCCUCCUGGUCCUCCUGGGAUUGGAGAACCUGGAUUACCUGGUAAUAGAGGAGAUCCUGGUGCAAAGGGUGAAAAAGGACUGCCAGGACAAGGUGCUCCAGGACCAAAGGGUGACAUUGGGUAUAGUGGACCUAAAGGCUCUCGAGGAGCUCCUGGAGCAGGACUCAAAGGUGACAAGGGCGAUAUAGGGCAUCCUGGACCAUCUGGUCCUAAAGGCACAGCAGGAAUUGGUUUGCCAGGCCAGAAGGGAGACCAAGGCUUUAUAGGACCACCUGGGCCAAGAGGUCCAACAGGAGAAGGACUCAUUGGAGAAAAGGUACAAAGUUAAAUUACUUUCAGGAAAUGAACAUUUUUUAUGGCUUGCAUAUAGUACCUCAAAGAAAUUGGAUUGUAU